AUUGGUAACGACGGGAUACCCUCGAUAAAACCCACUGCGUAGUAUAAGUCGUUCCUAUUAACUGGUGGGCCAGUGACUUGACAUCAACUAUUCCUUCUCGAUUGAGCGAAAAAACUGAUUAUAUUUUCGAUUGAAUUUUCGUGCAUUAAACCUGGUAUUGUUUCAAUAUGCAGAUCUUUGUGAAAACAUUGACUGGGAAGACCAUUACGUUGGAGGUUGAAGCUUCUGAUACCAUUGAAAAUGUCAAAGCUAAGAUCCAGGACAAGGAGGGCAUCCCUCCAGACCAACAACGUUUGAUCUUCGCUGGCAAGCAGCUCGAGGAUGGCAGAACCCUUUCUGAUUACAAUAUUCAGAAAGAAUCUACCCUACAUCUUGUUCUACGUCUUCGAGGUGGCAUGCAGAUCUUCGUAAAGACUUUGACUGGCAAAACCAUCACUCUGGAGGUUGAGGCUUCAGACACAAUCGAAAACGUUAAAGCCAAGAUUCAGGACAAAGAGGGAAUUCCCCCAGACCAGCAACGUUUGAUCUUCGCUGGUAAACAGCUUGAGGAUGGCAGAACUCUCUCUGAUUAUAAUAUUCAGAAAGAAUCUACCCUUCAUCUUGUACUGCGUCUGCGUGGUGGAAUGCAAAUUUUCGUGAAGACCCUGACUGGAAAAACCAUCACACUGGAAGUAGAAGCCUCCGACACAAUUGAAAACGUCAAAGCCAAGAUCCAGGACAAAGAGGGAAUUCCCCCAGACCAGCAACGUUUGAUCUUCGCUGGUAAACAGCUUGAGGAUGGCAGAACUCUUUCUGAUUAUAAUAUUCAGAAAGAAUCUACUCUUCAUCUUGUACUGCGUCUGCGUGGUGGAAUGCAAAUUUUUGUUAAGACCUUGACUGGAAAAACCAUCACCUUGGAAGUCGAAGCAUCUGACACUAUUGAGAAUGUCAAAGCCAAAAUUCAGGACAAAGAAGGAAUCCCCCCAGAUCAGCAGCGUUUGAUCUUCGCUGGUAAACAGCUUGAGGACGGCAGAACCCUCUCUGAUUACAAUAUUCAGAAAGAAUCUACCCUUCAUCUUGUCCUGCGUCUGCGUGGUGGAAUGCAAAUUUUUGUGAAGACCUUGACUGGAAAAACCAUCACACUGGAAGUAGAAGCCUCCGACACAAUUGAAAACGUCAAAGCCAAGAUCCAGGACAAAGAGGGAAUUCCCCCAGACCAGCAACGUUUGAUCUUCGCUGGUAAACAGCUUGAGGAUGGCAGAACUCUCUCUGAUUAUAAUAUUCAGAAAGAAUCUACUCUUCAUCUUGUACUGCGUCUGCGUGGUGGAAUGCAAAUUUUCGUGAAGACCUUGACUGGAAAAACCAUCACACUGGAAGUAGAAGCCUCCGACACAAUUGAAAACGUCAAAGCCAAGAUCCAGGACAAAGAGGGAAUUCCCCCAGACCAGCAACGUUUGAUCUUCGCUGGUAAACAGCUUGAGGAUGGCAGAACUCUCUCUGAUUAUAACAUUCAGAAAGAAUCUACCCUUCAUCUUGUACUGCGUCUGCGUGGUGGAAUGCAAAUUUUCGUUAAGACCUUGACUGGAAAAACUAUCACCUUGGAAGUCGAAGCAUCUGACACUAUUGAGAACGUUAAAGCUAAAAUUCAAGAUAAGGAAGGUAUCCCACCAGAUCAACAGCGUCUUAUCUUCGCUGGUAAACAAUUGGAAGACGGAAGAACUCUUUCAGACUACAACAUACAGAAAGAGUCCACACUCCAUUUGGUACUUCGCCUUCGCGGAGGAAUGCAAAUAUUCGUGAAAACUCUCACGGGAAAGACGAUCACCCUAGAAGUUGAAGCCUCUGACACCAUUGAAAAUGUCAAGGCCAAGAUCCAGGACAAGGAGGGUAUUCCUCCAGACCAGCAGCGUUUGAUCUUUGCUGGUAAGCAGUUGGAAGAUGGCAGAACUCUGUCAGAUUACAACAUACAGAAAGAGUCCACACUCCACUUGGUCCUUCGUCUCAGAGGUGGCUUCUAAAACUACCAUUAUAUAAUGGGUGAUAUUACGAAAGGAAAUUAAUAGUACUGAUAGACGUAAUGCUUUAUUAUUUUCAUUCCAAGUUUUUGUUCGGCAAAUAAUGUUUUUCUAAUGAUUUUACAAAUAGUAGGUUAUUUAGAUGAGCCUUUGGGCUGCGGGUACGAUUCAGUAAAUGUUCCAUGUACUCAAAUUCUUUCAUAUCAUUUCUUCAAACUUGUGAAAAAAAUUAGUAUCUGCUCUUUUAAAAAAACUUGUUUAUUCAUUGAAAACUAUUUACACGAUAAAUUCAGUCAAUAAAAUAUUCAAUAUUGCGUCUCCAA